UUUAUCUUAUUUUCCAAAUCAAAACUAGUUAAAAACUCAAAUCAUUGCCGCCAUUUGUACUUAAGGUAAGGAAGGGGGGGCCUCAAUCCUGGUGGAGCCCUGAAGCCUUGGCCGGAAGCUGGUAGUAAAUUCAAUGAAAUCACAAGCCCAUUUUGUAUAAAAUGAAAAGGAUCAGACGUUUGAAAGCACGAGAAAUUUACAGUAAAAAGAGAAAAAAGUUGGCAAAAAAAAAAAAAAAACCAUCUCGUGCUGUGGGAUAGUUGGCUUGGCUGGCUUUUUUUGCUCUGCAAACUUUGAAAUGUGAAUGAAAGAAAAACAUGGGUGGUCUUAACAGGGUGGAAGUGAUAAACAGCAAAGGUUGUUCAAGGUUGUUUGUUGGGUUCUCAUCUUCAGUGCCAUCAUUUAGAAGCUUCCAAUCGUUUGACCAAAUGUCCCCUGCUUCUACCUCUCUUGGUUCUGAACCGUUAACGGUUCGAUCCACCGGUCCAUUCUCUGGUCUGGUUAUUUGCGUUACUGGGUUGUCUAAAGAAGCAAGGAAACAAGUUAUGGAAGCAACGGAGAGAUUAGGUGGUCAAUAUAGUCCUAGUUUACAUCCUCAAUGUACCCAUUUGGUGGUCCAGAGUGUUAGCGGACGUAAGUUUGAGCAUGCUCUAAAACAUGGAUCAAGAAAUGGUCUAUUUGUGGUUACACUUGGAUGGUUUGUGGAUAGUGUCAAGAGGAAUGUGAGGUUAAGUGAAUCACUCUACACUGUAAAGUGUGUUGAAGAACAUGGCACACGUGUAGAUGAAUUAAAUCGGCUUGCUGGGUCUACUGCUUCUGACAGUUCGUGUCUUCCUGCUGGUUUUCACGAAGCCAAGAAAAUAGACAUGAUAGAAAAGCAACAUGUACUAUUUUCUGGAAGAGUCCCUAAAAAAAGUAUGGACUCAACUUUAUCUGGUCAUACCAUGUACAUCGAUUCUGGUAUUUCAGAUGAACUACGGAAUAAGGUUCUUGAAGCAGCAUCUAAAGAAGGGGCUGCAGUGGUAGAUCGAUGGUUUGUUGGUUGCAGUGCAAGUCAUGUAGUAUGUGAAGGGAAUUCUAUUCAUCGAUAUAUUGGCCACUCAAACAGCAUUGUUACACCAUCAUGGGUCCUGAAAACAGCUAAGGAUAGGAAUUUGCAGAGGCUUGUUCACAUGUCUGCUGAUUUGGCCAGGCAGAUUGGGACAGUGCUUGAAAAUUCUCAAAAUGGCAUUGUAGGAGAGGAAAAUAAUGUGGCUAAUUCAACUCAAUACGCUCAGAGCUUUAGAAGGAAUGCAAGUCAUGAAGAGAGGCAACAGAUUGUACAUUUAGCUAAAACUGGGGUUAGAAAUCGUCGCAGUCGUCGUAUGCAGACUUGUCAAACCCCAAUCCGUCCAAUAAGCCCAAGAAGUCUUCUGGAUUCAGUUUGCUGGACAAUAUCUGAGCCAACUUCAACUGCUUCUAUUUUCACAGACUCUUUUAGUGGCGAAGAUGUUAGCGAGCAUCAAUCUGUAUUCUUUGAUGCUAAUGGUGAUGGCAAGGAUUCUGGGGCCUCAUUUACUAACUUAACCCGGUCACUUACAGAAAGUGAGAAAAAUGAGUUGAUAUUCAAAAACCACUUUCUUACCAUACUAUUCCCAGUGGAUCGAUUUUCUGAGAUGGGACCUUCUUCACGGACAUAUUUCAGUGAUAAUGGCUUUAAACGUCUGCAGGUUUUGGAUUAUAUCUAUGCCUUUUAUCAGGAAAACAUGUCAGCUGAUGAAAUAGAGGCUGCUAUUCACACUGACUCAAGGCAUGCUGACCGGCUUCGAGCAGCGUACUCUAGCAAAGAGACGGUAGAAUGUGGACAUGUGAUUUUCAAACGAAUUGAUUUCUUGGGAAGUCGUAAAAGCUUUGAAACAUUGAAGCGUGUUAGCGGGGAUAAUAACAGCAACGUAUAUGAGCUCUUGAUUAGAGCCUAAAAAUGUCUCUGCACUGGAUGGAUGCCUCCCUAUGAUACCAGUAGAAGAUGGUAUUGAAACUUACGUCGCAGCAUCAACAUUUCAAGAACAAUGAAAAGAAUAGUUACACAUACAUCGUAUUUUGGCCUUUAAUAUACAACAUUUUUGGCAUGUCGCGUGUAAUGAAGGGUGAAUUCAUCAAAUUUUGUUUGUCAAAGCUUAUAUUUUCAUAUGUUGAAUGAAUCAGGGUGUGACAGUGUCUCGAUUGUAAUGUAAAUUUAACCAAAUAGAGACGGGAAAUUGCCCUGGUAAAAGCCCUUCCCUUGGGGAACCUACAAUUGUACCAAAAUUGACAAACCGAUAAUUACAGAAUGAUUAAAUAUAUGUAAGCAUUUCUUAUUGCUAGACUUAAUCACUAAAAGUAAAAGGACCAUAUACAAUGCAGUUGAUAAGUGAAAGUCUGCUUGCAGUUUACACCAAUGGUCAAGGUUAAUAAUUGAGAUGUGGGGUCACUGCAGAUCACCUUCUUUCAUAUGCACUGUAAAGAAAUAUGAAUGAGAAGGCUACACCAUUAUUUCUAUAUUGAAUUAGAAAGCUGGUGGACUUGUUAGGAUUCCCCAACGAUGAUUGAAGAGCUUUCCCUGCUGUUGAAGCUCAUAAAGCAUAAUGAGUGCUGCAGAGUCCCAACCGCAAUCAAAAAAUGCUUUUAACACAGAUUAUAGUGUGUUUAACAUUGCUUAAAGCAUUUUUUCCAAAUCAAGCUUUUCUCAAUCGCAACAGUAAUGCUAAACUAGGCCUAAGUAGUCAUUAUGUUCUUGCAAAAAGAUGAUUUGGAUUACUGACCAUUAUUUUUGCAUAUGGAUGGUUGCCGGUAGCACAGUGACACUCAUCUAUUAUACAAGAUUAGCAAACACAAAAUGGCAACCGCUAAUAGAAGUGCAUAAAAAAAUUAGUAUGAACAAUUAAGACACAGGAUUCUCAAAGUAAGAAUGCUAGAACCAAAUCGAAUUUUAAGGCAACCUAGCAUAUGGGGUUAAGUCAAUUAGCAUAAAAAAUAGCCCUCUUCGAGGUAGGUAAAAA